AUCAAUGUAUCCUCCUCAAUCGUCAAAAUCGCCAUCACAUUCAUUAACUAAUUCUUUACCUAGCAUACAGUCUAAAGAAAGUUUAAAAUCGGAAACAUUAAAUUUGAUGAAUGGUGUACACUUAAUUCAUGAUGAUGGUGAAGAAGACGAAAUUGAUGAUGAUGAUGACGAGAAUAGCAGUGAAGCGAAAGAAGCAGAAGCUGAAGAAGAUCCUACAACAGAAACAGAAACAGAAACCAUUCAAAACAGUCGAUCUGUUGAACUUGCGGCUAAAUCAAAUUAUGAUGAACAAUUUGACGAAGAUAAAAAUACUUCCCUUAAUAGUAAUAAUAAUAACAAUCAUAUUGAUGACAAAGAAGACGUAUUAGUAGUUAGAGAAGUCUCAGAUGAGAUCGAUCUGAACUGUUUAAUUAAUUUAAAAAAUAAAAUUAACAUACAAUCUAUCAAAGUUUUAGAUCAUCACAAAUCAAUUGCCAAUGAUCAGAGAAUAGAUAAUGUCAUUGAAGA